AUGUCUACUAUGAUGCACUGGAAUCCAUUUGUUCUCUGCGGGAUCAUCUCCAAUUGUCCUAACACCUGUUGCGGAAUGACGAAUAAAGGCGAGCCGUGCAAAAACUCGAUCAAAGUUGAAGAAACAAAGUUAGGCCACCAAAAGCUGAACAGGCUCGCGAGAGAUCCGCUCGACUUGUCUACUUUGCAACGAAAGCUCUGUGAUAUUGCCAAUCAAUUCCUCUGUGCGCGAUGGCAUCGACAACGGCAGGCCGACCAGGUUGGCCAGCAGAGGUAUGAAGCCGCCGUCCGCAACCAGGCGCAAGUACCACAUGGCUCCAGAAUGGCUUCUCCAUCAGUCAUUGCACAUCGGGGCCAGCGUCAGACAUCCUCAGCCUCCAGGCGACGCCCUGCAUCAGACAACACUGGCCGGUCACCUCCUCACAGGCUCAGACAAAACCCGCCGGUGCGGCUGUCAACCAACCCCGAGCCCUUGCAGCCAUUCAAUCCAUUUGUGACUUCCACAAUGCUGCGGACGAACAGUGUUCCAUGGCGCGUUUCGCCGGCCCAACCGGCUAUUCUGCCGUCGGUCGCUAAUAUCUGGGCGGGUUUCCAAGAAUUGACGCUCCAGAGUCUCACCCCGAGUGAAGAGGUCGACAGCAUCCACUGUGUGUUCUGCCUGACCGAGGAUGAAGACCAUGCAAAUGAGUGCGUGAUCUUGCGCUGCCAUCAGUGCCGAGCGCUCUCUCAUCUAUCUUGCGUGGAAGAGUGGUUGGAAAGGCGAGAUACAGGCUUUAGCACCUCCUGCUGUGUGUGUCGAAACGAAGGUGCCCUAGACGCCUUGAUUCGCCCUUUACCAAUCCCCUCAUCGGAUGCCGAAACACAUUCCGUUUUGAGAGCAAGUGGAUCGUCUCCCGAUGGAGAACCUGCCACCCUCGGGAUCUUAUCAUCAAACGAUCCUCAAAGUCAGCCGCGUCAG